GUGGAUCAUUUGGACAAAAACGGUCAGUGCGCUCUGGUUCACGCUGCUCUCAGAGGACACUUGGAGGUGGUGAAGUUCUUGAUCCAAUGUGACUGGACCAUGGCUGGGCAACAGCAGGGAGUGUUUAAGAAGAGCCACGCCAUCCAGCAGGCACUGAUCGCUGCGGCCAGCAUGGGUUACACUGAGAUUGUCUCCUACCUGCUCGAUCUUCCAGAAAAAGACGAAGAGGAGGUGGAGCGAGCACAAAUCAACAGCUUUGACAGCCUUUGGGGAGAGACAGCUCUGACGGCGGCGGCCGGGCGUGGGAAGCUGGAGGUCUGCCGGCUCCUCCUGGAGCAGGGCGCCGCGGUGGCGCAGCCCAACCGCCGCGGGGUCGUUCCGCUCUUCAGCGCCGUGAGACAGGGCCACUGGCAGAUUGUAGAUCUCUUACUCACGCACGGCGCUGAUGUGAACAUGGCAGACAAGCAGGGGCGGACGCCGCUGAUGAUGGCUGCAUCUGAGGGACAUCUGGGCACGGUGGAGUUUCUGCUUGCGCAAGGUGCCUCCAUUUCUCUAAUGGACAAGGAGGGCUUGACAGCCCUCAGCUGGGCUUGUCUGAAGGGACAUCUCUCCGUGGUGCGUUCCCUGGUGGAGAACGGGGCUGCCACCGACCACGCGGAUAAAAACGGACGCACUCCGCUGGACCUGGCGGCUUUUUACGGCGAUGCAGAGGUGGUUCAGUUUCUGGUGGACCAUGGGGCCAUGAUUGAGCACGUCGACUACAGCGGGAUGCGCCCUCUCGACAGGGCAGUGGGGUGCCGCAACACCUCGGUCGUCGUCACUCUCCUGAAGAAAGGAGCAAAGAUAGGUUGUCAGACGUUACCGAGUCGCCCACGAGGUCCAGCAACAUGGGCGAUGGCAACCUCCAAACCAGACAUCAUGAUCAUCCUGUUGAGCAAGCUGAUGGAGGAGGGAGACAUGUUUUACAAGAAAGGUAAAGUGAAAGAGGCUGCCCAGCGCUACCAGUACGCUCUGAAAAAAUUCCCCAGGGAAGGGUUUGGAGAAGACCUGAAAACCUUCCGUGAGCUAAAAGUGUCGCUCCUUCUCAACCUCUCCCGAUGUCGAAGGAAAAUGAACGAUUUUGGAAUGGCGGAGGAAUUUGCUACUAAAGCACUGGAGCUGAAACCGAAAUCUUAUGAAGCUUACUAUGCAAGAGCAAGGGCCAAACGCAGCAGCAGGCAGUUUUCAGCAGCCCUGGAGGACCUGAACGAGGCCAUCAAGCUGUGUCCCAACAACCGUGAGAUCCAGCGGCUGCUGAUGCGGGUGGAAGAGGAGUGCAGGAAGGGGGAACGAGACCAGCCGCCGCUCCCAGUGGAGCCUGAACCUGAAGCCCAACAUGAAGAGCUGUAUUCUGUGCAAGAUAUCUUUGAGGAGGAAUACCUUGAGCAGGAUGUAGAAAACGUUUCCAUUGGUUUGCAGACAGAGUCCAGGCCAAACCAAGGGCUGCCCAUCAUCCAGAGCCCACCCCCGUCCCCAGCUCACAGGGACUCAGCCUAUAUUUCUGGCUCACCUCUUGGCUCUCAUCAGGUCUUUGAUUUCAGGUCCAAUAGCUCCGUGGGUUCGCCAACCAGGCAAGGGUACCAGUCCACGUCACCUGCUCUGUCUCCAACACACCAAAACUCGCAUUAUAGACCCAGUCCUCCGCACACGUCCCCUGCUCACCAGGGCUCCUCUUACCGCUUCAGCCCACCUCCUGUCGGAAGUCAAGGGAAGGAAUAUCAAAGCCCACCACCUUCUCCUCUUCGUAGAGGUCCUCAGUAUCGUGCCAGCCCCCCAGCAGAAAGCAUGAGCGUUUAUAGGUCACAGUCCGGUUCCCCGGUUCGUUACCAGCAGGAACCUAGUGGAGUCAGCCAGCUCCCCGGUAGACCAAAGUCUCCGUUAUCCAAGAUGACGCAGAGGUCUUUCCAGAUGCCCCAGCUCCCCGUGGCCGUGCCGCAGCAGGGGCUGAGGCUGCAGCCAGCCAAGGCGCAGAUCGUGAGGAGCAACCAGCCCAGCUCAGCCGUCCAUUCGAGUACUGUAAUCCCAACCGGUGCUUACAGCCAGGUUGCCCACUCGAUGGCCAGCAAGUACCAGUCAGCGUCAGGGGAAAUGGGGGUUAGCCAGAGCAGGUUGGUCUACCAGGGCUCCAUCGGUGGCAUCGUAGGUGACAGCAGACCAGUGCAGCACGUUCAGGCGAGCCUCAGUGCGGGAGCGAUCUGUCAGCAUGGAGGGCUGGCUAAAGAAGACCUUCCGCAGAGACCAUCCUCGGCGUACAGGGGGGGUAUGAGAUACAGCCAGACACCUCAGAUCGGGCGCAGCCAGUCUGCUUCCUACUAUCCGGUGUGUCACUCGAAGCUUGACUUGGAACGUUCUUCCCUCCCCGCCAGCCAGCUGGGCUCUCCAGAUGUGUCUCAUCUCAUAAGAAGGCCCAUCACAGUUAAUCCCAGCGAAAUCAAGCCUCACCCGCCGACUCCAAGGCCCCUGCUCCACUCUCAGAGCGUCGGCCUCCGCUUCUCUCCUUCCAGCAAUAGCAUCUCCUCCACCUCCAACCUGACUCCCAACUUCCGCCCUUCUGCUUCGAUUCAGCAAAUGGAGAUUCCUCUCAAACCAGCUUACGACAGAUCGUGCGAUGAACUUUCUCCGGUCUCUCCCACGCAGGGGGGUUACCCCAGCGAGCCAGCCCGUUCCCGGACCACACCGUUCAUGGGAAUCAUAGAUAAAACCGCUCGGACUCAGCAGUACCCCCAUCUCCAUCAGCAGAACCGGACCUGGGCUGUGUCGUCAGUGGACACUGUCAUUAGUCCUACGUCUCCUGGCAAUCUCCCCCAGCCAGAAUCAUUUAGCCCGCCUUCUUCAAUCAGCAACAUUGCCUUUUAUAACAAAACCAACAAUGCACAGAAUGGCCAUUUGCUAGAGGAAGACUAUUACAGCCCCCAUGGGAUGCUGGCCAAUGGGUCCCGGGGAGACCUCCUGGAGAGAGUCACCCAAGCCUCCUCGUAUCCCGACGUCAAGGUGGCAAGGACACUGCCUGUGGCACAGGCCUACCAGGACAACCUGUACAGGCAGCUCUCCAGGGACUCCAGGCAAGGGCAGACAUCCCCAAUCAAACCAAAGAGACCAUUUGUGGAGUCUAAUGUGUAA